UACCUGCACCUAGGAUACUGGAACAGUGUCUGUCUCUCCACUUCUCUCUGUACCUCUCUCAAUCUGUGUCUUUGUAAACCUGUUUAUGUGUGUCUAGGUUAAGGUGGUACCGUUAAGAUAGCAGAUAUGCCAGUCAAAGUUUUUUUUUCCAGCGUGUGCGGUUCUGUGGAGAUGAGGAAAAAUCAGGAAAGGAUCUUCUCUGUCCUGUCUUCCAAGAAGAUCAAUUUUGAAGCUGUGGACAUUGCUCAGAAUUGUGCGGACAAGGAUUUAAUGAGGAAGAGCGCAGGGAACCCGACUGCACUGCCGCCUCAAAUAUGCAACGGGGAUGUCUACUGUGGAGACAUGACUGCGUUUGAAAAUGCAGUUGAGAUGGAACAAUUACAGGAGUUUCUCAAACUCUAAAAGGAAUGGGGACCAACUAUGGGACACUCAACCACAUCACCAUGUUCACUGCAAUAUCGACAUAUUUAGUUAAACAAACAAAAUAAAUCAACGAAGAUGACUAAUGCUGAAAGCUCAAGGAAA